AAUGGCGGUCGAAUCGCUUUUCGAUGUAACAUUGAAACGUUUAAAAUUAAUUUUAAUUUUAUCGGGUUUGAAUUUGGAAAAAUGUAAUCGUCGACAAAAAAUUAAAAGGAGAUGCGUUUUUAUUUUUAAUUCCAUAUGGUUGAAUAGUGAUAUAAUUGGAGCUGUAUUUUAUUUUAUUGACGGUAUAAAGAAUGGAACAGAUAUGACGGAAAUUACAUAUCUAGCGCCAUGUGCGAUGCUUAGCGCAGUAUCUAAUUUAAAAUCAUUUUAUUUGAUAACUUACAAUAAAUAUGUUAAUAAUUUAAUCGAUGAAUUAAGAGCACUCGAGAUAAACUCGAUUAAUUAUAAUACCAACAUAAAAAAUCAAAUCGAAAAAGAAGAGCGUCGAUUUUUAAAUGUCGUUAUAAAUUUAUUGAAUAUUUUAAAUAUUGGUAUGGUGGUUAAUUUUACUUUUAGCCCAUUGAUUCUGAUUGCUAUAAAUUACGUAAGGACAAAGGAAGUUGAACUUAUGCUGCCAUUUCUAGACGUGUACCCAUUUGAUCCGUUAAAUAUAAAAUACUGGCCAUUGGUAUACGUCAAACAAAUAUGGUCAGAAUGCAUAGUACUACUAGAAAUAUGUGCGGCUGAUUAUUUCUAUUACAUUUGUUGUACCUACAUUCGAAUCCAGUUUCGACUAUUAAGUUACGAAUUGGAAAAUUUAAUUCCUACUAAACCGUAUGACCAGGAUAUCAGAGGUAGACUGUUGGAAUUAAUAAAAUGGCAUCAACAUCUUAUAAGCGUGACAAACAUUUUGGAACUGAUUUAUUCCAAAUCUACUUUAUUCAAUUUUUUCUCAAGUUCGGUGAUAAUUUGUCUUACCGGUUUCAACGUUACGGCCAUAGACAAUUUGGCGUUCGGCGUUACAUUUCUGACGUUUCUAUUUAUGAGUUUACUUCAAAUUUUCUUUUUAUGCCUCUUUGGUGAUAUGAUCAUGAGAUCGAGCCUGGAAGUAAGCGAUGCUGCGUACAAUUGUCUAUGGUACUCAGUCGAUCAAAGACUAACUAAAGACCUAAUGAUUGUGCAAAUUAGAGCUCAGAAACCAUGCAAGUUAACUGCUAUGGGAUUCGCAGAUGUCAAUCUCAGGGCUUUCACACGAGUACUGAGUAGCUCUUGGUCUUACUUUUGCCUUUUAAACACUAUGUACACGCCGACAACUCACGAAAAUUAAUACGGAAAUAAUUUAAAACACACUUGUUUAUGUAAAAGAGCAAAGGGAGCUGAAAACCAACGCAGUGUAGGCCGAGUCAACCCUUGUAUCGGCUUAGCUGACCACCUUUGGUCUUAAUUUUGUGUAUAUUGGAUCAUAAGUGAUUUUUUCUUAUGUGGAAAUAAUCGUUUAUUCUAUUUUAUUAUAUAUCUAGCAGUUGACCGCGACUUCGUCCGUGCGUAUAUAAUUAAGAUCUCGUAAUACAGCCUAUGUAAACCGUGGAUAGAUAGCUUUCGA